AUUUAUUUUUUAUUACCAAAAGUAAUCAAUAUAAUUUUACUUGUAUCAACAUUGUAUAUUAAAAAUGAAGAAAAUAACAAAUUAUUAUUAAUAUUUUCAAUUUCAUUGGGGCUUUCAAUACAAGUCAUUAUAUCAACUAUGUUUAAUUAUUUUAUAUCAUUUACUCCUACAUUAUUACAGCAACAAAAGAUCUUUUAUUUAAUGAGCAUUCAACAGCUUGCUUACUCAACAGUAUUGAUUUUAUCAACAACUUUCAUGGGAUUCAGUCAUCAGCGACCGAAUAAAAGGAGUCGAUUAUGUUUAUUUAUAAUUCCAUUCUGUUAUAUAUUAAAUCAAGGCACAGAUAUCAAUUUAUAUCUAAUGAAACAAAAGAGAAGAAUAAGCUUACUUGAUAUAAUACUUCAUGUCAGAACUCUAUGUUCUAUCGUAUCUACUAUUCUAUUCAUCUCAAUUCUCUUGUUUAGCUUCAUUAUUUAUUUUACUAUUUGGAGCAAAAGGAGAAAGAAGAUCAUGUAUCAAAAUGUCCUUAGACUCUUUAUCUAUUUUACAGGUGCUAUUGAAUUAUCGAGUAUCUUUGGUUAUAUUAAAUCAAUUCAUUAUGAUAAUCAUCAUUCAAACUUGAUUCACAUUAUUCGAGAACAGAGAAAAGAGGGAGUAAGGAUACUCGGUCAUCAUUACAGUACAGUGACUACUACUAUUAAAAGUAGUAACAGUAUUAUUUUAUAUCAUUUAUUCGGAUUAAAUGAAGAGCAACAAAAACAAUAUGACAUAAUAACUAGCUGGAUGAGUACAGGCUAUAGUCUUUAUUUGCUUUGUAUUUCAUUCAUCAUACUUUGUAUUAUUUUGAUUACAAAAAAUAAAAAAUAAAAUAAGCUAUUAUAAUCUACUUCAUUGCAUAUAAAUGGGUAUACAUUCUUAUUAAACUUUCAUAACCAAGUCUAUCAUUACAUCUUAACAAGUUGGCUACAUCACAAUUAAGAGGCGAAGAAGGUUCUGGAUUAUUUAACAAAACUGAAAUAGCCAAUAGAGUAGAUUUUAAUGUCCAAGCUGGUGACCAAGCUGUCGAUUUUAAUAUGUCUAAACAAAUUUCACC